CAGCUGUCAGCCAUCGAUUGUAAGAACUUUUGCUGUCUUAGAAAGCAGCAAAUUGUACAAAAACAGUAUUUUUCAUUUCUUACACGAAACUAGGAUUACUUAGACGAGCUUCAUUGAAAUUUCAUCGAGCAUGAUUAAUAUGAUCCGUUACAAUAUGCGUUCACAAACAAACAAUGAUUCAGACGGAGAACCAUCAUCUCAAAGUGAGAUACCUACUUUAACUGUUUCAUUACCUGUUAUGCAAAAUGGUUUAAUGAGUCAUUCGGGAAGUAUUGCUGCAGCACAAACUUCAAUUGAAAGUAGAAUGGCUGAAGAAGAUAUACCACCUCCUAAGGCAGAUUUUUCAGCUCCACCCCCUUAUGAAGUAGUUACUAAAUUGCCCAGUUAUGAAGAAGUACAACGUGAAAAGACUUUGCAAGGAGAACCUCAUCCUCAAAUACACAUGCCUGGUAAUAUUAGAGCUCCACAGCAACCAUUAACAAUCCUUGCUAUAGACACUGAAGCUGCAGAAGGGGAUCCAGAGAGUGGCUUACUUGGUACCGAUUUCAUGUUCUUCACAGCAUUUUUGGUCGCAUUUUUAUUCAAUUGGAUUGGAUUUUUACUUUUGAUGUGUUUCUGUCAUACAAUUGCAUCUCGAUAUGGAGCAUUGUCUGGUUUUGGCUUGUCUUUGACAAAAUGGACACUGAUCGUUAAACAUUCCACUGACCUGGCAUCACGUGAAAAUUCAUGGCUGUGGUGGUUAAUAAUGGGAUUUGGAAUUCUGAUUUGUGCACGAGCAAUUGUGCAAUAUUUGAAUAUUAAGCGUGGUUGGAGACUAUUACCUGGAAGUGCUCAGGAACGUUUACUCUUUUUUUAUUAAGCCAAUAAACAUGCACUUUUAUCUAACUUGGCUUUAGAAGAAACAGCAUUUCUAUUUGGGGUUGUAUUUGUACAAUAUAUAACCACUCCCUUUGACAACAUUACUUUAUAUUGGUUACAUAUUAUUCAAUUACUAGAAAUGAAAAUUAUUAAAAUAAUUGAGUCUAUUUGCCAAAAUUGCAUAAACGUAAAAUA